AUGGAAGUAAUUGAGCCUGAGGCUCACUUAUAUAACACUCUCUAUCAAAGAUGUCGAGACAUUCCAGCUUAUCAGUGUAAAUUUUGCUAGUCUGAAUUUUUAGAUUUCGGACCUCCUGAUCUCUGUUACCUUGUAAAAUAAUAGAAGGGAGGAAUAUUGUCUUCACCAACUUUAGCAGGAUUUUUUCAUUAUGUUUAUGGUGUAGAUGCUUCAUCUUCUGCCUCAGUUGCUGCUUAUAUUAAGAGCAUAAUAUAAACUCAGGAAACAAAUUCGUAAAUAUUGCUUAUGUUUUCUCAAAAUAAACAUAGAAAAAUCAAAAUUACCAAGGCUACAUUUUGUAUGUAUGAUGUGGUAUUGAGAAGAGAUGUGAGAGUAGAAAUCAGUAUUCCUGGUGGGACUCACGUAUUUGCUAUGGAUGAGAACCAAGUAAAGUAGCAAAUUACUGGAGGUGAUUGGAACUAUGUAUUUAUGAGCAGUCUUUUGAGAUCGUUUGAGCCCAGAUCUUGUCCUAGCUUCAGAGUUAUCGGAGAACUUAACACUGAAGAUCUUUACAAUGACUUUUUCCUCGUGGCAAAUAACCUUUUUAGAUUAUGUACUUAAAAAAUUUGGAUUAAUCUGAUAUUUGAAAAAGAGGAUUCAAGAAUGCAUUAACUUCUUAAUGCCAAGUAUUAAUUCGAACUUUUUAUAUUAUUAGUGUAAGACGAAGAUCCAUUAAUUGUUACACACAUGAGUGAUGUCUUUUUAAGUAUUGAUAAAAACAAAGAGUCUAUUCUACUUUUAGCUGAUAAGAUAAAAGAAUACCCUUAUCUCGUCCCAUUACUAUUGAAAUAAGCACAAGCCUUCAUCAAAAGUGAAUAUUUUGAGUAUGCUCUGAAAUUAUCUAAAAUAUGCGUUGAUCUCUGUCCUGAAAGCUUUGAGGCUUGGUUCUAAUUAGCUGAAGUAUACUUCCAUAUGAAGAAAAUCAAGAUGAGCUUGAUUGCUCUUGAUAUCGCCCCAUACUAUGCAGAUGCUGAUUAUGUGUAAAAGACUGAACUUAUCAAUGAUUAUGAAUUUACCAAGCCAAAGUCAAAGAAAACUUCUGAUAUGCAUCCGUAUCUAAUGGUAGCUCCAUAAAAAAUUGACUAUAGAAAAUCAGGUGAAGAUCCAGGGCAAUUAUUAAACUGGUUUAUGAAGGGAGAGGAGCCAACUCCCUAUAUUGGAGAUAUGACAAGAGAAGAUCAGGAAAUGCUGAAGAAACUGAUGAGAGUCAACUCAGUUUAACUUACCUCCUGCGAGAAAAGAUGUUAUGAUUUAUUGGUAAAGAUAGAAAAGGAAAUAUCAUGGGAUACAUUAUUGAAGAUUAAAUCUGCUACAUUUUUAGAUGAGUCAGAAAAUCCAAUCUAUGACAAUCCAUUUUAUUAUGCUUAGUUCUCAGGCACAUAGACUAAGAAAAUUAGAAGCAGUGGAACCUCAAGGAACCAAAGAAAUAUGAUGGAUGAAUCUAUUGCAGAGAUUUAAAGCUAGGCUGAAAAAUUCACCAAUAAAAGAAGAUAAGUUGAAAAAAUCUAAAAUUCUAAAAUUGACACAAUUGCUGAAGAGGAAAAGUCUGACAUAGAUGAUAAAGAUGAUUCUCCGAUUCCCGCAAAACAUAAUGGAAAUAACUAAGCUAGCUAUAAGAAGUAAAGAAGAAAGAGCAACCUUGAUCUGGCCACAGUAGAAGACAAGCAAAUUACAUUUAUAUCUAAUCAUUCAGAAGAAGAUAAGAAUGAUGAUUAGGAAGAAAGUGAGAGUGAUCGAGUAAUUGAAUAAGCUCAAGAAUAAGAAUAUAGAAAGAAAAGAUUAUGCCUAAAAAUUGAUAAGCUUAUUCAACUACUCUUUGAUGAUCUUAACCUUCUAUGCGAAUGGGAAAAUGAUGAGAAAAAGAGAGGCUCAAAUGAUAAGCAACAAGCAGGAAUACUUUGGAUACACAGAGGUAUAUUAGCUGAAAGACUUAACAGAAAGAGAUUGGCUGAGAGAGCUUUUAGAAAUGGAAUUGAGAAGGGUUUUUCACUUUAUGCCUGGUCAAGACUUUUGAAGAUUUAUGCUGAUACUUACAACCCAAAAGCAUGUCUAGUGUGUAUGGCUGAGAUUUUAGACUAAGCUGAGGAAGAUGGUAUUGAGCACUACCACAAAUUCCCAGCUUGGCUUGAGGAAACUUUGCAUGAUUUGAUUGCUAGCAAUGGAAUCAAGACAAUAAUUAGAUUGGUUAAGGAAAUGGAGUUAGAAGACUGUAAGGCUCUCACUGAUGCUAUUGAGAAUGCCUAUGAUUUAAAAAUAGAGGGUUUUGAUAAUUGA